AUGGGGAUCUAUACAGCUGCCUGCUUGACGCGAAGCUUUUUUCUGCUCAUAGACCGUCUGUCUAUAGAGAAAUUGCCUCCGGCUCUGCAGAAACAGCUGCAAGAGAUUCGAUCGAGUCCGGUUCCUCUCUACGACGGGCGAUUGCCGUGGUCUGAAGACCUACAGAAGGCAAUUAAGAGGACGCAUGUUCCCUGUCUCGCCUUCGCCACAGGACAUUCACAUCAUCUGCUGGAGGUAUUCACUAUGGAAGAAGUCCUCGCCCUUGAAAGACUAAUCCCCGAAAUACGCCGCGGCUUUGCAGAGCUUAAGAAGAGGCUACCAGAGGAGGAGGCGGCAUCCGCGCGGGCGCGGCACCGAGCUUUGGACCUGACAGAGUAG